GUUUUGAUAAAAUUAUCUCAAGUUUAUUGUAUUUAUUGUGUCUCCUUGACUCUGAAUUUGUUUGUUCUUACUUUUAUCACCUAUUGAAAUGGAGUUUGCUCCAAGUUUACAUGAUUUUACUGUUCCAUUUGGUUACUUGGUUUAUUAUGAUUUUUUAAAAUUUAGUCCUUCUUGCGAUUAUAAACUAGAAAAUUGUGAUUCAUCGUUUCUAAAAAUUAGUGAAAAUUCAUGAUUAAUCUGAUCGUUUCUUGACUUUUCGAGUUUCUUUGAUAUCUUACUACCGUCAACAUUAAGACAGGAGAAUCAUAAAUAACAACAAUGAUACGAGCAAAACCAGAAGACAUUUUGGAAGGUUUCAAAAUAAAUUGGAUGAAUCUCAGAGAUGCGAGGAAUGGGGAAAUAUUGUGGGAAUCGAAGGAAGAUCUUUCUAAGCCCAAUCGUGAACAUGAAGCUAAAGUACCUAGAGAUAUACUAAAAUGUCGAGCUGUUUCAAGGGAAAUUAAUUUCUCUUCAGUGCAGCCCAUGGAGAAGCUCAGAUUAGAACAAAAAGUGUUAUUUCAAGGAAAAUGUUUAGAAGAAUGGUAUUUCGUAUUUGGAUACGUUAUUCCUAAUUCAACAAAUACUUGGCAAUCAUUGAUCGAAGCUGCACCAGAAUCACAAAUGAUGCCAGCUGAUGUGUUAAAUGGUAAUCUGUUGAUUGAAACCAAGUUUUACGAUGAUGACCUUUUAUUGAGCACGUCGCGAGUUCGUUUAUUUUACAUAUGAUCACCAUUCAUCUUCUGUCAGCUACUUAACUCAUUUCCUUAUCAUUCACGAGAUGCCACUCUAUUAAUACAGAGAUCUGUAACUCAGAACGCCAUUUUGAGCUUGCAGUUGAACGAACAAUUU